AUGCGGGGCCUACUUAUUCUUGCUUCGCUGAGCCAACUCGCCGCUCCCUUGACACUCCCCGUCUACCCGAAAAAGCGAGAUGUCUCACCUGGCGUCGCCAUUUACAGCUGCACUCAGGAAGGAACAGUCGCGCUGACUUUCGACGAUGGCCCGUUCGUGUACACCGACUCGGUACUCGACCAGCUUGCUGCGGUUGGAUUCAAGGCUACCUUUUUCCUUAACGGGUACAAUAUCGGGAACAUCGCGGACUACCAACCCACUGUCAGCAGAAUGGUCGAUGAGGGACAUCAGGUCGCUUCACAUACCUACGGCCAUCCAAAUCUUGUCGGGCUUCAAGACUUUGACAUCGAACAGCAAAUGGCGUUGCUGGAUAAUGAAAUAUCACUGAUAAUCGGCAAGUCCCCCGUCUACAUGCGUCCUCCCUACUUUAGCUUUAACGACGAAACUCUCCGAGUGCUUGGUCAAUUGGGCUACAAGGUUAUUAUUGCUGAUAUCGACACCAACGACUGGCAAUAUCAGUCCGGUGGUGUCGAAGCUCCUCUAGAUGCAUACUACACUGGUCUAAACAACGGCGGCUCUAUUGUUCUCAUGCACGACGUCCAUCAGAACACGGUCGAGAAUAUUCUGCCUCUGAUCAUCAGGGCAACGGUGCAAAGUGGAAGGCGAGCUGUCACUGUGGGGGAGUGUCUCGGGGAUCCUGAGACAAACUGGUAUCGAACUGGAGGAUCUCAAACAGAAGGGUGGAACAGCUCAGACAGCCAGAGCGCUCCUGUGGCCCAGACCCCUCUACCGGAUUGGUCACCUAUCGGAGAAUGA